UUGAAUUAAAAGCUGGAGAUCCGCAUUUCAUCGUGUUUCGAUCGUCGUUUCUGGUAGAAAUUAGAAAGUUUAAGUGCGAGGAAUUUACAGUAGGUGAAAUGAUGAAGAGAGAAGAUGAUGAAGGUGGGGUGCGAAAGGUGGGACGGGCGGAGAUCGACACGAGAGCACCGUUCCGGUCGGUUAAAGAAGCUGUGGCGUUGUUCGGGGAGAAAGUUUUGGUCGGAGAGAUUUAUGCUCCGUGCAAGCUCAAAGCGAUUGGAGGUGGAGCGAAUGAGAAGCAACAUGUUCAAACUAAAAUAGGAGCAUUAACGGCGGAGCUUCAAGAAACAAAGCAAAGUCUUGAAAAAGCGAGAGAAGAAAGCAGCUUAUUAUCAUUUUGCAUCAAGACCCUCAACGAAGAACUCGAGCAAACAAAGAAAGAGCUCCGGCAAUUGAAAGGAAAAAAUGGUAAUGACCACGAUCAAUUUUAUAAACAACCAUUUAUCCGUGAAGAACUUAAAUUUGUCGAGAAUACGACGAAACUGGAGAUGAUAGAAGAAGAUGAAGACACAGAGAGUAAUGAAUUUCAAAAAAAAAGGUACGUGACAUUUGCUAGUCCUCCUUCGCUUACUCGAAUUAUGGUUGGCAAAUCAGAGGAAUUAAAAUCUUUCCAUCAUGUUAAGAAACCAAAGAAGGUGAGACCAUUGGUGCCAUUAAUAGGUUGGCUUUUCUCCAGAAACAAGGGAAAACAAGAAGCUAAUUAAUUACUCUACCAAGUUGGCUAAGUGUUUUAGCACUCUACGUGCAUGUAUCUUAUGAUCAAGGUAACAACACUUUGUUGAA